AUGAAGCUCCUUUUCCCUAUCUUUGCCAGCCUUAUGCUACAGUGGCAGGUGAACACAGAAUACUUUGGCUUGAGAAGAUGCGUAAUGGGUUUGGGGAGAUGCAAAGAGUACUGCAACAUGGAUGAAAAAGAGUUAGAUAAAUGCAAAAAGAAAAAAUGUUGUAUUAGAUCAAAAGUGGUUCAACUGAUAAAAAACUACAUACAAAAUGAAAUGCUCCAUAUGCUUAAAGAGGACUCUCAGGAAGUGCUAAAAAUUACCAAGAAUUUUAGUUUCAUGAUGCAGACCGAACAUCAUAAUUUAUCUGUUCUGCCCAAAAUCAAAAGUGCCAGUGCUUUUGCCAACAUCAACACCAUCAUCAUCCCAAAUGCCACCAUUGUGAACUCUGCCACCACCAACCCCGUGAACUCAGGGAAGAUAAUACACACUGCUACUUCUACCAAAAAAAGAAGAGAUUCAGGCACUGACUCCCCACCACCAGCACCACCUCCAUCGUAUACACCUCCGACAGCAUGACUGGAGCUGGAGAAGCAGAUGAGCAGGGAUUUGGGU